CUUAAAUGUAGCUGUGAUGUGAACUUGGCAGCUGUAUUUUCAGAUAAUGACCAGCUACUUAGGCCAAGGUUCUACAUAUACAUACAAGCGUGCAAUCUGAAAGUGAAAAGUGGAGAGAAUCGAGAACUCCGGACAGUAGGUGGCAGUAGGCUAUCCUGCCAUUUUGGUUGGGAAAAAAAGAGCCAUGUUGCGCACAAGGAUUUACUGUGAAGUUUUCUCAAAAACGUUGUUGUUGCGGCUUCGUACUACAACAAUACGGUCAUUGUCGAAACAGGUUCACGUCCGGCUUCUCCCUAACCCUCGCUGUUUCUUCGACGAGCAGGUGCAAGUGAAGGUAGAUGGACUUUCUUCGCACCAGAAAGUGGAGUUGAAGUCCAUGGUCAAGGAUGAUAAAGGUGUCAUCUUUAAAGCGUCCGCACUCUACGCUGCAGAUGCUACAGGACAGGUAGAUUUGUGCCGCUCUCCCUCUUUGGGAGGCAGUUACACAGGAGUUGAACCCAUGGGCUUGUUUUGGUCCAUGACGGCCCAGACUCCUCACAGUAAACUGGCAAAGAGAGAAGUAUUAGAUCCUUUAAUGGUUGUUAUAGAGGCACUUAAUGUGGACACCGGUGAAGUCUUCGCAACAGAGACCAAUGAGAGACGGUUUAUGACGGAGGGGUUGAGAAGAAUACCCUUGAGCUUGAAAGAAGGAAGAAUUCGAGGAGUCCUUUUUCUUCCCCCUGGGCAGGGUCCAUUCCCUGCAGUACUAGAUGUGUAUGUUCUAGGUGGGGGAAUAUCAGAGAUCCGGGCCAGUUUGCUGGCUAACAAAGGCUUUGUGGUUCUGGCUCUGGCCUAUUUUGGCUAUGAGGACCUCCCCAAGACCACUCCCGAAUUUUUUGAUCUGGAGUACUUUGAAGAGGCAAUCACAUUUCUGAGGAGACAGCCACAGGUUCAAGGUCCAGGAAUAGGAAUCUUGUCCAUCUCCAGGAGUGGGGACCUAGCUCUGUCAAUGUCUUCAUUUCUCUCCGGCAUUUCUGCCACAGUCUGCAUCAACAGUUGCAAUGCCAAUAUCAUUACACCGCUGCACUACAAAGGCCUUGUCAUCCCUCCCCUCACACCUGUCUUAGAGAACAUAACCACCACAUCGUCUGGAGUCUUAAACAUCCGCGAUGCCUUACCAGACCCAGAGGCGGAGGGGAACCGCAGUUCCGUGAUACCAAUAGAACGUUCCGAUUCGACUUUCCUUUUCGCUGUCUCCGAGGAUGACCAGAACUGGAAUAGUGUUUUCUUCACCCAGCAGGCCACAGCCCGGCUGAGCCGUCACGGGAAAGAGAAUUUCGAGGUGGUGACAUACCCCGGUGCGGGGCAUUUCCUGGAGGUGCCUUACAUGCCCCAUUGCCCGUCUGGCUUCCACCCUGCGGUGGGUGCAGUGGUGGUGUUUGGGGGAGAAGCUAAACCCCACCAUGAAGCUCAGCUGGACCUGUGGAGGAGGAUCCAAGAGUUCUUUAGAAAACACCUGGGUGGUAACAACAAUGCCCAAGAAGCCACUCUGUAAUACUAAGAGAAAUGGUCACGUGUCAGGUUUAUUACUGUAGCGGGAACCUGUCAGGUGUCAUCGUAGUCUGCAAAUGAAGACAAUAGGGCAGGAAAUGCACAGAUGGGUAGAUCUGUAUUUCCAACUGUAGACGUAUGAAAAAUGAUCCUGUGAGUGUGCUACUGUGAUUCAUCUUGAAUCUGUUACACAGUCCCAUUUUCACUUCCUGUUUUUUUUUUUUUUGAGAAGAAAGAUAGUGAUCACACUGCAAUACUUGUCAUUGACUGCAAUCCAAUAUAAGCUUGUCAUUGACUACAAUACGGUACUUGUCAUCGACUAUAAUCCAAGAUAAGCUUGUCAUUGACUACAAUACAGUACUUGUCAUCGACUAUAAUCCAAGAUAAGCUUGUCAUUGACUACAAUGCAUUACACACAUAAAAAUGUGGGUGCAUGCUAGAAAGUUCUGCAAAACAUUCUAAAUAAACAUGUUGUAUCAGACUUUAGAAUGGUAUUUCUACUUCCAUUGUUGGAUUUGUUUUGUUCUCACUCUUCUGUAAAAAUUCUGAUCGAUUCAGUAAGACCUUGAUGAAUAGUUAGAACUUGUACCUUUCUGUAAAGCUAAGGUUAAUAUUUUGCAAAUGUAAAAAAAACAAUCAGGAUGUUGACGUUCCUUUAAUAAUACUGUAAGACAUGAAAAACUAA